AUGUCAUGGCCUUUGCUGAUACAAGCGCUCUUUAUUAACUGCCCUGCCCCUCUUCCCUGCCCCUCUGCCCUGCCCCUCUGCCCUGCCCCUCUGCCCUGCCCCUGUGCCCUGCCCCUCUGCCCUACCCCUCUGCCCUGCCCCUCUGCCCUGCUCCUUUGCCCUGCCCCUCUGCCCUGCCCCUCUGCCCUGCCCCUCUGCCCUGCUCCUUUGCCCUGCCCCUCUGCCCUGCCCCUGUGCCCUGCCCCUCUGCCCUGCCCCUUUGCCCUGCCCCUCUGCCCUGCCCCUCUUCCCUGCCCCUCUGCCCUGCCCCUCUGCCCUGCCCCUGCUAAUGAGCAGGUGGACAUCGGCGAGGUGAAGCUCCUCGUCGAUAAACUGAAGCUGAAGCUGGCGCAACGUUACGUGGAGAACCGCGCAGACUAUGGGACCCCGAAGAGCAAGCACCUGCAUGCUUUUCUCGAGAAGCACGGCAGCCCUGACAAGCGCGAGAUCACCAUCCGCGGCCUCGACAAGCAAGGGACCGCAUGCACCAUCAAAGACAUACUGCAUGAAAACCCCAUCGGCAAAGACAAGAAGACGGACCUGGAUUCGUGCAUCAAGCUGGGGCAGGAGUUUGCGCAGGAGUUGAUCGCAAAGCUGGACUACCGCCUUGGGGACCUGAAGCAUUUUGACGGGGCAAAACUCUUCAUGCCAAUGCACUACCCGCCGCGCCCUGCUGACCGUGAAGGAUGGCUCAACGUCCACCUCUACGAACUCCUUGACAUGUUCAAGGAGAAGCUGCCCGGUGUCACGUACCAGGAGUGUGAGCUGGAGAUGGAGCUCUUUGCUGCCACAAUGUUCAAGAAGUUCAAGGACCUGACUUUCCAGCAAGCCCUCACUAACGUGCUACGCACCUCAGACUGGGGGGAUGAUUACCCCACCCUCGUGCACUUGUGGCGUGCACUUGCUGUCCUGCCCCUUAGCACUGUUGAGUGCGAAAGGGGCUUCAGUAGGCAGAACAUAAUAAAAUCAUGGGACAGGACUGCUCUUAGUGAUGUUAAGCUAGAUCAGCUGAUGACUGUGAAGAUGCUAGACUAUCCUGUGGAGUGGGUAGAAGUGCACAAGAUCUUCACUGCUGCCAAGGCUAGGAAGCCUUCUAAGCGUGCAUAG